CCCGAAGGUGGUGGCACUAUUACUAUUGGCUGUGGACAUUGCACCUUGAAUUUGCCGUUUAGGUUUUUACGUCGAAUGAGGGAGAUCGAAGGCGAAAAUGUCUGAGCCUACCGUAGCUGACACUCGCCGGUUAAAUUCAAAACCUCAGGACCUCACAGAUGCGUAUGGUCCCCCGAGUAAUUUUCUUGAAAUCGAUGUGUACGACCCACAGACAAUUGGAGUUGGUCGGAGCCGUUUCACCACGUACGAAGUGCGAAUGCGGACAAACCUUCCCAUCUUCAAGCUGAAGGAGUCGUGUGUGCGGAGAAGGUACAGCGAUUUCGAGUGGCUAAAGAAUGAGCUGGAGAGAGAUAGUAAGAUUGUGGUGCCCACUCUGCCUGGCAAAGCCCUGAAGAGACAGCUGCCAUUCCGGGGAGACGAGGGCAUCUUCGAGGAGUCCUUCAUCGAGGAGCGGAGGGCGGGCCUGGAGCAGUUCAUCAACAGGAUUGCUGGCCACCCCUUGGCCCAGAAUGAGCGCUGCUUGCACAUGUUCCUGCAGGAGGAGGGCAUUGACCGUAACUACAUCCCUGGAAAACCCCAGCGAUGCUGAGACGCGGAGCGCUACACCCCCCCCCCCCCCUCCCGGCCUGGCUGCCGGUUUUAUCGUCUGACCACGAUAAAGCCAAGCGGCCUCAACCACAGGUGACCACACCAGCUGCACCCAGCUCUCUCUCUCUCUCUCUUUCUCUCAUGUAAAUAAUAUGUACAUAUAUAUCUAUAUCUGGGGACACUGCGGCAGACUGCAUGCGCCACAUCAGCGGGCCUGCAGCUACGUGAGGUCUUGCUGGGGGAAGACGGCGCAUCGCGGAUUCUUGCUGACUUUGUUUUUGGGGUUUGGAGGCAGGUGGGUGGGUGGGAGGGUGGGUGAUUUGGGGCAUUCUGCUUUCUUUAUCAUUUUUUUUUUGUCAUAUUGUCGAGACUGUUAUCAGCACCAAUGCAGACAUUCCACACUUUCAGUUUCUAGUUCUACCCAAGCCUACUCGGUAUGACUCCUUUCCACUCUACAGAAACAUUGUCUUGCACAGUUGUGGGUCUGUUUGUGUCCCGUCAGUCAUGCAGACCGACUGGACUCACGGGGCAGACUGUCAUGAUUGGCAGCAGUAUGAACCUUAUGUACAUGCUGCCUGUUGCAUUUUGCCAGCACCACUUCUGUCUUUGGAAGUGCGGUGUGCAAAUCUGCCGUCUCAUUUCUUUCUAUAAGCUUUUUGGCCAACGGUGACUUGUGAAAGAGAUGCACAAUUUCAUCCCAGGCCAGCUAAUUGGUAUUGCUUUACCUACUCAGCAAGCGCUCCUCACUUGGGCAAUUUGGAUUGCACAUCUUUUGCAGAAUUAUCCAUUUUAAAACUGGAUUUCACAGUGUUAUCUUGCCAAAUGAUACAGCAGUUAACCUGCAUCCUUGGCUGUAGAACAGGGUUAUUCAAUUACCAGCCCAGGGCUAUGUGCAGCCUACCAUAUGUAUUCUCUGAGCCCUUUGAUCAUUGAGAAUAAGGAAAAAAUAAGGAGUUUAUUUCGGUGCAUCAAAAAUUGUGACUAUGAUAAUGUCUACACCUGCUGUGUUGGCAUAUCUAUAACUACAGUCACUAGAGAAUAAUAGCUGAUUGCUAGGUGUAUUUCAAGAAGGCAUUGACUUUGUUUACACACACAAGGUACAUUUUAUUUAAAAAACGCGACGCAGUACAAGCAAAAUGUUUGGUCCAUAUGCAAAAUGUAAUAAAAUAAAUAUGGGCCCUGGGGAAAAUUGUUUGAAAAACCUUGUCACAGCCCAGCUCCUUCACCACUUUUCCACACUACCACCUGCACCACUUGCUCAUGGGCAUCAUGGAAAUGAGAUUGAUGAAAUAAGUGGAAAUGUAUGGAGGCCAUGCCUUUGCAUUACUAGCAGGUAAACGGUCUUAGACCCUAACAGUUUUUACCCUUGUCAUACCUGGUUGGAGAAGAGGGUGGGAUGUUGGGGGGGGGGGGGGGUAUUAGAGAAUCUGUCCCAACUUUUAGCUUUCUGUACAUUCCAUUCAUCAUACUGCACCCUUGAAUGUCCUGAUUUUUUUUAAACAUAAUGUUUGAAAAUGAGAUCUAAUAACAAUCGAAAAAUCGCUUGUUCUGAAGACCCUGCUCAGUUUCGAGGCAUCCGUUGCAAAGUCUCAGUUGUCGUACCAUAUCUGCUACCUCUUAACAGCUGAAAAUUGGCCUGUUGAUCAUUGUCCCAAAGUGCUCCCCACAAGGCUUGCUUUGUGUAUCUACAUUAAUUUCUCUCAACCCCAGGGGUAGCUCUCUGGUGCCAGCAGUAGCACACUUGUGAGCUCAUACCCACAUUUGGGACUGUGCUAUCGAGGUGGGGCUAUUCAUAAAUAUGCCAAAAGAAAUGGGCCAUGUCUUCCUCAAAUUCCUUUCCCCAUUUUUACAUGUACUCCCAAAUAGCAAAGUGAAUGUUUUAUAUGAACAUGCUUUGACCAUAUGAUUUUUUUUUUUUAAACAAUUAUUAUUACUAUUCUUUUUGAACUUUACAUGUAUGUAACCGUUGUAAAUUGUAAUCUGGGCUUUGUUUCAAAUCUUCUGUCAGGAAUGCUAUGACCGAUAUUCAUGUUCAUUUUAAACCACUGUGAAAACCCAAUAAAGAGCUGGUUGUCCCUGUCUUUGGAAAAAAAAGAGUUUAAAUUGUGCUUGUAGAUCUUCUGAAUUCUUUGUACUGCAUGUUUGCGCCAUGGUAGCUUUUAUAUGAUACUCAUUCAGUACCUUGUUUAAUUGUCAGCCUGUGUACUUCUACUGGUUUUGAGUGUCUGAAGAUUUGCUUUGCUGUGUCAGACCCCACUAAUAAAAUUGUUACAGUCAA